AUGAAGCUGGACAUCUCGUGCUUUUGCUUCCUGUCGAAAAAUGAGUACCGAGUACUGACGGCGAUAGAAAUGGGCAUGCGGAACCAUGAGUACCUGCCCGUGUCGUUAAUAGCAAGCAUAGCGAAUUUGAGAAAGGAAGGCAUAACCAGUGUGUUGAAGAAGUUGCUCAAGAACAAGUUGAUCAGUCAUGAAAAUAAAAAGUACGAUGGGUACAAGCUAACCUAUUUAGGGUAUGACUUCCUAGCCCUAAGAGCAUUUAUAAAUAGGGGAACCCUAAAAAGUGUGGGUAACCAAAUAGGAGUUGGGAAAGAAUCAGACAUUUACAUAUGUAAAGAUACCAGCGGAAAUUUAUUGUGUUUAAAAAUACACAGGCUAGGAAGAAUAUCAUUUAGAACCAUUAAAAAUAAUAGAGAUUAUUAUGGGAAAAAAAAAUUUCGGAAUUGGCUGUACUUGUCCAAAAUAGCUGCCACGAAGGAAUAUGCUUACUUAAAAGCUUUGCAUGAACAUAACUUCCCUGUUCCAAAACCCUAUGACCUAAACAGACACAUGAUCCUCAUGUCGUAUGUAAAUGGGUACCCCCUAUCACAUGUAAAAAUCAGCAACCCCUUUAAAAUAAUCGACGUUUUAAUAAACACUAUUAUUAAAUUUGCCAAGGCAAAUAUAAUUCAUGGGGACUUUAAUGAAUUUAAUAUUCUGAUUGAUGAUGAUGAGAAGAUAACUGUUAUUGAUUUUCCUCAAAUUGUUUCUCUCCAGCAUGCGAAUGCGAAGUUGUACUUCGAUCGAGAUGUCAGAGGUGUAGUUAAUCACUUUUAUAAAAAGUACAAAAUAAAAAUUGAGGACUACCCCGUUUAUGAGGAUGUCAUUUUGCUUAGUAAUGACAAAAUUAUGGUGGACGAUAAUUUGAUUUCCAGCUGUGAUGAGCAUGCCUUGAUGGACGUCCUGCAGAAUGAUGGGUCUGACUCGGUCUGCGACUGCCCCGAGCAGUUCAACGGUAGCGAUGCAAGUGGCCAAAGUGACCAAGGUGAUGAAAUGGGCGAAGUGGCCGAAAUGGGCCAAAUGGACCAAAUGGAAGACAUGGACGGAAGUGACAAAAGUGAUGAAAGCCAUGGUAGUGGAGAAAGGCACCCCUGUGAAGAAAACCGCCCAAGCACCGUUAGCGAGAGCACUCAGGGGGAAACCCCCCGCAGCAUGGGAACCCAGGGGGAGCAGGACCCCUUAUCAUCUGAGGGGAAAUACAAAGACGCCUAUGAGAGCAACGCGGAAAGAGAAAAGUCAAGUGACAGGCUCGAGAAAAGGCUGGACGCAUUUGAUGACAAUGGCAUGGAGAGUGCAGAAGGGGUAGUAGGGCAUGAGCGGGAAAAUAAGACCGAAGAGGAGGAGACCAGAAGCAGGGGGGGUAGUAGCCCCUUGAAGGAUGAAGAAGCGCCUACAAAUGGCAAGUGCAGUCUUACGGAGGAGAACACCCAGGAUGAGGGGGAGAAUUGUCAUGAUGAUCCACCUGUUCGCUGUGAGAAACAGACGGGAGGCCAAAUCGUAUCGAGCGAAGGCAACGAUCAGGUGGAUGAUGACGCUUCAGAAAAGAGCGCGGAGCAGGUGGACCGCGACAACGACAUCAACAGUGAAGCGAGUAGUGAAGAAGAAAGCGAAUUGACGACAUACUCGAGCUGUCAAUCGGAGGGAUCCAUGUCCGCUAACUCCACCAAGAAGCUGUCGGAAACGUGGCAGCCCCAUAUAAAAAAGUACACCAAGGAAUACGCGAAGAGCAAGCUAAAGUACAUGUACAGGAAAAAAAAAAAUAAGGAAAAGUACAAGGAAAAUUUAAAAACGAAAAAUAAAAAAAAAUUGAUGGAAAAGAUUAAAAAUUAUGUGUAA